GUAGAUCGCCGAACUGCACGCCUGCUGGCCUGUCGGGUACGGCUUCUUGUGCCGCGGCUUUUAGUGUUUGCGACUGCUGCUGCUGCGGUUUUAUUCUCCUCAUCCUCGAAACCCUCUAGUCGAGCGGGAGCCUCUGAGCACUGGGCCGCGCCAUUGGGGUUCACACCGCCAGGAAGGAGGUGACGGGGGCGGCGCGGGGCGCGGACACUCCCCGCCGAGAGCCCGCCUGCCAUGGAUUCGGAAUAUUACAGCGGCGACCAGUCAGCAGAUGAUGGUGGCGCUACCCCAGUACAGGAUGAACGGGAUUCAGGGUCAGACGUUGAGGAUGAUGUAAAUGAGCAACACUCUGGAUCAGACACUGGAAGUGUAGAACGUCAUUCAGAGAAUGAACCUAGUGAUCGAGAGGAUGGCCUCAACAAAAGACAUCAUGUGACGGAUUCUGAGAAUGAUGACCCCUCAAACCUUAAUGCCAGUGACUCUGAAAGUGAGGAGCUUCAAAGGCAAAAGGACAGUGACUCUGAAUCUGAGGAGCAUGCAGAGCCUGUUGCAAGUGAUUCUGAAAAUGAGGACACUCAUCAGCGUGCAAGUGACUCUGAGAGUGAGGAGACCAGGAAGCUACCUGUCAGUGAUUCGGAAAAUGAGGACCUUCUUAAUGGACACGCAACUGAUUCAGAAAAUGAAGAUGUUAGAAAGCAUCCUGCCAGUGAUUCAGAGAUGGAAGAGCUCCCCAAAAGUCCUGCUAGUGACUCUGAAACAGAGGAUGUUCUAAAACCUCAAAUCAGUGACUCCGAGAGUGAAGAGCCCCCACAGCACCAGGCCAGUGAUUCCGAAAAUGAGGAGCUUCCCAAGCCUAGAAUUAGUGAUUCGGAAAGUGAGGAGCUUCCUAAGCCUCGGGUCAGUGACUCAGAGAGUGAGGAGCCUCAGAGGACUCAGGCCAGCGACUCGGAAAAUGAGGAGCUUCCCAAACCCCGUGUCAGUGACUCAGAAAGUGAGGACCCACCACGGCACCAAGCCAGCGACUCAGAAAAUGAGGAGCUUCCCAAACCCCGUGUCAGUGACUCGGAAAGUGAGGGACCCCCACGGCACCAAGCCAGCGACUCAGAAAAUGAGGAGCUCCCCAAACCCCGUGUCAGUGACUCGGAAAGUGAGGACCCCCCAAGGAACCAGGCCAGUGAUUCAGAAAACGAGGAGCUUCCCAAGCCCCGAGUCAGUGACUCUGAGAGCGAGGAGCCUCAGAAGGGACCCGCCAGUGAUUCCGAAACUGAGGAUGCUUCCAGGCACAAACAGAAGCCAGAGUCGGACGAGGACAGCGAUGGGGAGAACAAGGGAGAGGAUGCAGAAAUGCAGAAUGACUCAUUUCGUUCAGAUAGCCAUAUAGACAGAAAAAGGAUCCAGAGUUCAGACAGUGAGGAGGAGGAACCCAAAAGGCCAAAAAUUGACAGUGACGAAGAUGAAGAAAAAGUCGGGGAAGAGGAGAAAGUAGCAAAGCGAAAAGCUGCUGUGCUUUCUGACAGUGAAGAUGAAGAGAAAGCAUCAGCGAAGAAGAGUCGGGUUGUCUCUGAUGCAGAUGACUCUGACAGUGAUGUUGUAUCAGAUAAACCAGGCAAGAGAGAGAAGACUCUAGCUUCUGACAGUGAAGAAGAAGCAGGAAAAGAAGAAUUGUCUGAUAAGAAGAACGAAGAGAAGGAUCUGUUUGGGAGUGAUAGUGAGUCGGGGAACGAAGAAGAAAAUCUUAUUGCAGACAUAUUUGGAGAAUCUGGUGAUGAAGAGGAAGAAGAAUUUACAGGUUUUAACCAAGAAGAUUUGGAAGAGGAAAGAAGUGAAACCCAGGUAAAAGAAGCAGAAGAUUCAGAUUCUGAUGAUAACAUAAAGAGAGGAAAACAUAUGGACUUUCUGUCGGAUUUCGAGAUGAUGUUGCAGCGGAAGAAGAGCAUGAGCGGCAAGCGCAGACGGAACCGUGAUGGCGGUACUUUCAUCAGUGACGCCGAUGACGUAGUGAGUGCCAUGAUCGUCAAGAUGAAUGAAGCUGCCGAGGAAGACAGACAGUUGAACAAUCAAAAAAAGCCAGCACUGAAAAAAUUAACAUUAUUACCAACUGUGGUCAUGCACCUUAAGAAGCAAGACCUUAAAGAAACAUUUAUUGACAGUGGUGUGAUGUCUGCCAUCAAAGAAUGGCUCUCCCCUCUACCGGAUAGGAGUUUGCCAGCACUAAAGAUUCGAGAGGAGCUGUUGAAGAUUCUACAAGAGCUACCUAGUGUGAGCCAGGAGACCCUGAAGCAUAGUGGGAUUGGACGAGCAGUGAUGUAUCUCUAUAAACACCCCAAGGAAUCAAGGUCCAACAAGGAUAUGGCAGGGAAAUUAAUCAAUGAAUGGUCUCGGCCUAUAUUUGGUCUUACCUCAAACUACAAAGGUAUGACAAGAGAAGAAAGAGAGCAGAGAGAUCUAGAACAAAUGCCUCAACGACGGAGAAUGAACAGCACUGGUGGCCAGACACCCCGAAGAGACCUGGAAAAGGUGCUGACAGGAGAAGAAAAAGCUCUCAGACCUGGAGAUCCUGGAUUCUGUGCCCGUGCAAGGGUCCCCAUGCCCUCAAACAAGGACUACGUUGUCAGACCUAAGUGGAAUGUGGAAAUGGAGUCAUCCAGGCCUGGUAUUCUUAAAAAGGGCCUAAGCCGAUUGGAAAAGCAUAAGAGGCGAUUUGCAGAACAGAAACGACUCAGCAAAGUGCACCGUGCUGUCAAGUUCAGCAUUGAAGGCAACAGGAUGCCCCUGUAGUCCUGGCCCUACCAGAGUGUAUCCGGGAGGUAUCCCCAAGGAAGCAUGCUCUGUGCAUGGGCUUGAAUUGUCAGCAGCUAGAGUGAAAACAAGUGUGCGUGUGCUUUCUUAACCAAAAAAGGCCUGGCCCACUUUUAGUUACUGAAGUAAUGAACUUAACAAACACUUUGUGACUUUCGAGUCCUACUGAAUGUUUAGAAAUGGAUAUGGAAGUCCCUUCCUUUAUUGGUACCCCAGGAAUUCAUAUAUAGUUAAGUCCCUGAUGAGCAUUUGGUCUUCCUCUUAUUAUUGAAAAUGCUUUUUUAGGGUCCAGGAUCAUAGCGGUCUGCAUUACAGGCAUGUGAAUGUGAAUGUAGCUUCUUAGUGGAAGGGAAGUGGCUUUUUCCCACAUUGUCUGUGUGCAUUUGAGGGCCCAGUGCAUAAAGCCUUGCACUGAACACUUAGGAGAUAAAUUUGAUUGAUGGUCAGAAAUGAAAGAGUUGGGACCGUUCCUGCAGCCAGACUCACUCCCAGCUGUGCUCUGAGGUUAACAGCAGUGCCUUGUGGCAGGGUGCUCUGAAGAGUCUGAGUGUGUUGCCUUCUUGUGACUUCUCUGGGACCCCUGCUUGGGCAGCUCUUUUCACGGACUACACUCACCUCUGUGCGCGUUCGUUUUUGCUGUUCAGCUGCAGUCAAAACAAAGCACACCCUUUCUUUCUUACUGAGAAUAGCUGGAAGAUAGAAGAGCACUACUGCUUCAGAGCCAAGAACUUUUUCAUAACUUCCCUCCCCUUUUUUGUACUUUUACCCAUAAAAAUGUCCCCUGACCUCCCUUCUCUCCCUCAGCCACCCCUCUUUCUUUUACCUGGUUUUCACUGUCUUUCCCUCUUUUUAUCCCUCUCCCUGGUAGUUUUUCCUCCCCAAUAUACUUACUUUUGAGAAUUGAGAACCACAAUCUGGCAAAGAAAUUAUAAUACAGAGUCUCAGUGGCCACUCUUCUUUGGAAGCCUGUCGGUGUUUUGAAGGGCAUGUGCCCUCCUCUCCCAGUAUGUGACGGAGAGGCAGGAAGAGAGAAGUGACCAGCAGGAGGAGAGGGAAACUUAAGCUGAAUUCCUUUCCUUCAUCCCACACCCCCCAGGUCAUAAUGUGCCAGUAUUUACCUAGGCCUGAGUCUGGCUGAUAGAGUUCUGUCAGAAAACAAAUAAAUACGGCAUGAUCCAGAAAGCUGGUGGUUUCAUGUUACAUUUUAGGAUGUUGUCCUUAAACUACCUGAUACCGUUUCCCCAGUUCAGGAUGAAUCCUUACAGAUUCACUCAGGGCUUUCACGAACCACAGAGACAUGAAGAGUACUAUUAGAAAACGUAUUUUCCAAGAAUAAAUUGGAGUGAGUAAAUGGCUUUCAAAUGAAAUGCUCGUUUUAAAUGUCAUUUUUAUCUUUGAAAUUACAUAAGUGAAUAUAAAAGACUAUAGAAUAACCCAUCCCCAAAACCCUGCUCUUCCUCAGAGUCCCCACUAUUAACAGUUUGAUGUGUUAAAUGUAUUUCCAGUAAUGCUUCAAAGUUGGUUUUUUUCUGGUUGUAAUUAUAGAAAAUUUGAGAUUAGAAAGGGAAAUUGCCCACAAUUCAAAAGCAGUUUGAUACCAUUUUUGCCCUUUUUUUCUAUUGAUACUUUCAUAUAAUUACAAUUAUUCUGUAUAUAAUUUUGGUCACUUCUCCUCGUUAAACCACCUUAUAGUUUUAUCACUUAUAAUGGAUGCCUAAUAGUCUAUCAUGUGAAUAUAUAAUUUGUUUAUUUAUUCUUCUGUGGUUUCUGAUUUUUCACUCCUAAAUAGUGCAGUAACCUAUACUACAUUGUAUGUUUAUAUGUUAAUUUAUUCCAUGGAGUGCUUUUAAGAUAACACUAAAAUGACAAAAAGCAAUGUAUGUUUUUUUAUAACCUUUUAAAUGCAGAAAGCACAAAUAAAAUUACUGUCAGUUGUAAUUCCACCACACCUUAAUAUUAACAUUUUGGGUUAUUUCCUUUUUGUCCUCUUUAUAUUGUACAUAAACAUUGCUGGUUUUGUGCUUUGGUAUUUUUGUUUUCAAAUUUUAUGCAAAAUUGUUAUUUUAUACUUUGUUAGAUUUGUGUUUUACUUAACAUGGUAAACAUUCAUUUGAGUAAACAUUCUUCAGUGACUUAA